UGUCUCUCUGUCCUAUCACUCUAAGGGGAGGCUCUGGAAGAGCCGUUCCGUGCUGCCCUGGGUCCAUGUUGGAUCCAGGCAGGUCUCCUGUGCCCUGUGGUGCCAGAGCAGGGCCUAGUGCCAGUGCCAACGCCUGGCAUGGCUCCAGCACGCUCCGUUUCACUCCUUGGGAUUUUUUUCUUUGUAAUCACUUCUGCUUGGGAAGAAUUUAGGUCUCACAAAAGCAGUCAAAGCCCUUUUUUGUGUGGAGGGCAGGACAAAAGCUCCCAAACCCGGGAGGAUUUGGGUGGUGAAAGCCGGCUCUGUUCCCAGGGGGCUCUCACUGGCAGGGGCUUCCCUGGGCAGGGCUCAGCACCCCAUAAAUACCCUGCACAAGGCUCUGCUCUGAGCUUGGCUGCUGGAGGCUCAGGCCCUUCAUCGGGGAGAGGAUGUACAGCCAAGUGGAGCAUCCAGCCGGGGGCUACAAGAAGCUCUUUGAGACGGUGGAGGAACUGUCCUCUCCAGUGACCACCCACGUCACAGGCAGGAUUCCCACCUGGCUGCGAGGAAGCCUCCUGAGGUGUGGUCCUGGCUUGUUCGAGGUGGGCUCGGAGCCCUAUUACCACCUCUUCGAUGGCCAGGCAUUGCUCCACAAGUUUGACUUCAAGGAGGGGCACGUCACCUACCACAGAAGGUUUAUCAGGACUGACUGUUAUGUGCGAGCAAUGACAGAGAAGAGGAUUGUCAUAACGGAGUUUGGCACCUACGCGUACCCAGACCCCUGCAAGAACAUCUUCUCCAGGUUCUUCUCCUACUUCAAAGGUGUGGAGGUCACGGACAAUGCCCUGGUUAAUGUCUACCCUGUGGGUGAGGAUUACUAUGCCUGCACUGAGACCAACUUCAUAACCAGGAUUAACCCAGACACCUUAGAGACAAUUAAGCAGGUGGAUCUCUGUAAAUAUGUGUCCAUUAACGGGGUAACGGCUCAUCCCCACAUUGAGAAUGAUGGGACAGUUUACAACAUUGGGAAUUGCUUUGGAAAAAACUUUGCCCUGGCCUACAACAUCAUCCGGAUUCCUCCACUGCAGGCAGAUAAGGAGGACCCGAUCAACAAGUCACAGGUGGUGGUGCAGUUCCCUUGCAGUGACAGGUUUAAGCCGUCCUAUGUCCACAGCUUUGGGCUGACCCCAAACUACAUUGUGUUUGUGGAAACACCAGUGAAAAUCAACCUCCUCAAGUUCCUCUCCUCCUGGAGCCUCUGGGGAGCCAACUACAUGGACUGCUUUGAGUCCAACGAAACCAUGGGGGUGUGGAUCCACGUGGCUGAGAAGAAGAAAGGCCGGCUCCUCAACCUCAAGUACCGCACCUCGGCCUUCAACCUCUUCCACCACAUCAACACCUACGAGGACAACGGGUUCCUGAUCGUCGACCUUUGCACAUGGAAGGGGUUUGAGUUUAUUUACAAUUACCUGUACUUGGUCAACCUCCGGGCAAACUGGGACGAGGUGAAGCGCCACGCAGAGAAGGCCCCACAGCCCGAGGCCCGCAGAUAUGUCCUGCCCCUCAACAUUGACAAGGCUGACACAGGGAAGAAUCUGGUCACCCUGCCCUACACGACAGCCACAGCGACGCUGCACAGCGACGAGACAAUCUGGCUGGAGCCUGAAGUGAUUUUCUCGGGGCCACGUCACGGUACAAAUGAGACCCCAAAUCCCAACAGCACAAGCACUGCUUGCACUCCCUGUCCCACUGAUCCUCAUGCUUUUAUAUAUUUAUUUUUUAUUGUAGCCUUUGAGUUCCCACAGAUCAACUACAAGAAAUACAGUGGGAAGCCAUACACGUACACGUAUGGGCUGGGGCUGAAUCACUUUGUCCCAGACAGGCUUUGCAAGCUGAACGUUAAGACCAAGGAGACCUGGGUGUGGCAGGAGCCGGAUUCGUACCCAUCGGAGCCCAUCUUUGUUUCACAUCCAGAUGCUCUGGAGGAAGAUGAUGGGGUUGUGCUGAGCAUCGUGGUCAGCCCAGGCACGGGGCCCAAGCCCGCCUACCUGCUCAUCCUCAGUGCCAAGGACAUGAGUGAGGUGGCCCGGGCCGAGGUGGAGGUGAACAUCCCUGUGACCUUCCACGGGUGCUUCAAGAGAGCAUGACCUCGCCAGCCACACCUCAUAUGGGUCUGUUCCAGCUCCCAAAGGGGCAGUCUCCAUUUACAGCCACUCCAGUGACCUACAAUCCUUCGACAUCCCCUUUCGUUUCUGUGGCUGCUUCAUUCACAUUGAGCACUUCAAUUUUGGCCAUGAUUCUUCAAUAUGCUUGAUCAGGUAUUUUUUAAAUACAACCUUUGCCAUAAU